AUGGAGCUGCCGGCCGGCAACAGCAGCUGCGAGAACGGUUCCCUGAUCAGCCUGUACUGCUCCUCCCAAAGAGUCCUGUGCCAGAUCGUCAGUGACCUCCAGCCCGAGGUGCCCAGCAAUGUCACCUCCGACAGCUGGCAGGAGAGGUUCAGGAAGAACUACAGCUUCUACGUCGGUCUGGGGCUGGCCAUCCUGUCCAGCUUCCUCGUCGGCAGCAGCGUCAUCCUCAAGAAGAAGGGCCUACAGCGACUGGUGGCCUCGGGUGCCACGCGGGCUGUGGAUGGAGGCUACGGCUACUUGAAGGACUCAAUGUGGUGGGCUGGAUUUCUCACGAUGGCUGCUGGGGAAGUUGCCAACUUCGGGGCCUACGCGUUCGCUCCUGCCACAGUCGUCACCCCUCUGGGAGCACUGAGUAUCCUCAUAAGUGCCGUCUUUUCCUCGUAUUUCCUGGGGGAGAGUCUGAACCUCUUGGGGAAGCUGGGCUGUGUGAUCUGCGUGGCUGCUAGCACAGUGAUGGUGAUCCACGCCCCCGAGGAAGAGAAGAUCAGCACCAUCAUGGAGAUGGCUGCCAAGAUGAAAGACACUGGGUACAUCGUGUUUGCUGUGUUUCUGCUGGUGUCCUGCCUCAUCCUCAUCUUCGUCGUCGCCCCACGUUAUGGACAAAGGAACAUCCUCAUCUACAUCAUCAUCUGCUCUGUGAUCGGGGCCUUCUCCGUGUCCGCCAGCAAGGGUCUGGGCAUCACCAUUAAGAACUUCUUCCAGGGGCUCCCAGUUGUGCGGCACCCUCUCCCCUACAUCCUGUCCCUCAUGCUGGCGCUUUCGAUCAGCACUCAGGUCAACUUCCUCAACAGGGCGCUGGACAUCUUCAAUACCUCCCUGGUGUUCCCCAUCUACUACGUGUUCUUCACCACGACGGUGAUGACCUCCUCCAUCAUCCUCUUCAAGGAGUGGUACAGGAUGUCGGCCGUGGACAUCGUGGGCACCCUCUGUGGCUUUGUCACCAUCAUCCUGGGUGUAUUCAUGCUUCAUGCUUUCAAAGACCUGGACAUCAGCCAGAGCAGCCUGCCCCACAUGCACAAAAACCCACCUGCCACUCCUGCCCCAGAGCCCAGUGUCAUUAGACUUGGAGACAAGAAUGUCCUGGUGGACAACAUGGAACUCUCCAGCACCCCAUCACCAGAAGAGAAGCCCAAAGUGUUUACAGCCCAUUCGUAA